AUGACUGAAUCAAGUCCGAAAGUUGAUUUUAAUGACGAAGUAAAUGAAUUAAAAAAAGAAAAGUUUGCUCGAGGAAUUUUAGAUUUGUUGACCCCAAUUGUUCAAGAAAUGGAUUCACGAAUUGUUGCAGUGAAAUCAAGUCAAACUGAACUAAAUAAAGAGAUUGAGAGAUUGCUUGCAGAACUUCAACUAUUCAACGAAGCAGCUGAGGUCCCUCCAAUUCAAUCUUCCCUUCAAAAAUUGAUUAACGCGAGAAAAAGACUCGCCGCUACAAAUCAGACUUUAAAAAUAGUUUAUGAUCGCGUGGAACGAAUAUAUAAUCAGUUAAAUAAAGGAACUGGCAGUAAUAUCAUUUGA